CAAUCCUGCCAGUAGUAGUUUCAGACAAACAUAACCGAUUCUCCAUGAAUGUCUUUGCUUUGCUGGAUAGUGGCUCAAAUGGGACCUUCGUUUCCAAAAGGCUUGUUCACGCUCUUAAGCUAGAGACACGCAAAAUAAACAUUAAGUUGAACACCAUAGAGACCAAAAAUCUCAAUGUAGUUACCUCAGCUGUAGAUUUGCAAGUUGAAGAUUCUCAGCAAAAGAACUCAUACCUGAUGAAAGGCGUGCUCUGUCGUGAUCAUCUGAACAUAAGCCUAGAUAAUCUAGUCACACAAAACGAGGUGUUCCAGUGGCCACAUCUACAAGAAAUUGCAGAUGAAAUAAGUCUACCUGAUGUUGACCUAGCUGAUGAGGUUCACCUGCUGAUUGGUCUCGACCAGCCUGACAUCCUUGCUCCUCGUGAGACACGCUGUGGUAGGGCAGGCGAACCCUACGCAAUUCUUACUGGCUUGGGAUGGACACUUCAUGGGCCAGUAGCUGAUGGUUCGACGACUAUCUCUGCCAAUUUCAUUCAAACUGAUAAUACUCUGCAACAUGCUGUUGAAAGAUUUUGGAAAUUGGAAGAUCCAGUCUAUGUAGACAAUGAAUCACUGUCUAAGGUUGACAAGCAGGUUGUGGAUCUAUGGAAUAGGAGAGCAGUUAAGGAGAAAGGUCACUUCACACUACCAAUUCCUUUCAAAGAAUGCCCGCCUCAGCUACCAAAUAACUAUGCAAUGGCUAAACACCGGCUGGACCUUCUUGGAAAGCGACUAAAGAAAGAUCCAACUCUGCAGCAAAGGUAUGUAGAAAGUAUCUGUGACACACUGCAGAAAGGAUAUGCUGAGGAAGUGGUUGACAUUAAUAGAAAUGAUGGACAUGUAUGGUAUUUGCCACAUCAUCCAGUGUUACAUCCACGUAAGCCAGGAAAAGUACGAAUUGUCUUCGACUGUGCAGCACGGUACCAAGGUACUUCAUUAAACGAUCGCGUUCACCAAGGCCCAGACCUUACAAACAAGUUGCUGUCAGUACUUCUCAAAUUCAGACAAGAACCCAUCGCUCUAAAUGCAGAUAUUGAGAGCAUGUUUUAUCAGGUUAGGGUGCCGCCUCAAGAUAGAGAUGUGCUUCGCUUCCUGUGGUGGGAAGAAAACGAUCCUGACAAGCCACCUAAACACUAUCGCAUGACUGCUCACCUGUUUGGAGGAGUCUGGAGCCCUAGUGCCGCCAACUUUGCUCUGCAACGAGUAGCAGAAGACAAUCAUGAAAAAUUCACCGCUGACACUGUGGAAACAGUGAAACAAAAUUUCUACGUAGACGACUGCCUUAAGUCAGUGCCAACGGAGGAUGCCGCCAUCAAACUUGCUUCACAGCUCCGUGAGAUGCUUGCAUGUGGAGGUUUCAAGUUAACCAAGUGGCUAAGCAAUUCUAAAGAGGUGAUGAAAUCAAUACCAGCUGAAGAAUGGGCGAAGUCGUUACAUGAGGUAAAUCUUGACCAAGAGGAUCUACCAUUCGAAAGAACACUCGGCGUGCUUUGGGAUGUGGAAAAGGAUUGUUUCACAUUUGAUGUCAAGGCAGUAGACAAACCUGCUACAAAGAGAGGAAUACUAAGCACUACAAGUUCCAUCUACGAUCCGUUAGGAUUUGUAAGUCCAUUCAUUCUCAAAGCAAAAGCAAUCUUUCAAGAGUUGUGUCGCAUAAAAGUUGACUGGGAUGAAAAGAUUCCAGUAGAAAUAGCUGAACAGUGGCACAGAUGGCUAAAUGACCUGCCUAUGUUGUCUGCACUAACAAUUCCAAGAUGUCUUAAGCCAACAACUGCUAGUUGCUCAUCAGUGACCCAGCUCCAUCACUUUUCCGAUGCGUCAGAACUGGCGUACGGUGCCGUUUCAUACAUCAGGAUUGACAACACCUGCAAGCUUGUAAUGUCAAAGUCAAGGUUGGCACCUAUCAAACCAGUUAGCAUACCAAGAUUAGAGUUACUAGCAGCAGUUGUUGCGACAGAGCUGGACCAACACAUAAAGAGUCACUUGGAAAUUCCAAUCGCUAAGACAUUCUUCUGGACUGACAGUACUAUUGUACUACAGUACAUUAACAACAAAGACAGUCGUUUCCAGACUUUCAUCGCCAACCGUAUUGCAAAAAUACAUGAGCGCUCAAAUCCAUGCCAGUGGAGACACAUUGAUUCUGCUUUUAACCCGGCGGAUGAUGUGUCACACGGAAUGACCAUGCAAGAGAUGUUAUCAAGUGUAAGAUGGAUAUCUGGUCCGCAUUUUCUUCAACUGGAAGAGGAACAUUGGCCUGUUCAACCUGUCAUGAAUGAUCUACCUGAGGAAGCAGAGAUUAAGAAAACAAAGGAAGUCUAUGCAGUUAGCACAAACCCAAAUCAGGCAGAGAAAGGUGCAAUGGACAGAUUACUGGAACGGUAUUCCAGUUGGCAUCGACUGAAAAGGGCUGCUGCUAUCUUGUUACGCGUCAAGGCUUUGUUACGCAAGAAACCAAGUCUGCAUCUUUCCAAACCUAUCACUGUUGGUGAGCUCCACCAAGCAGAGUUAUCUAUUCUCAAUUAUGUACAGGCUUCAUCCUUCACU